UAGCCAGUCACUUUCUGUGUAGUUCGGACAAGCUUUCAGAUCAACUGUGGACAGACAGAGUAAAUCAACCUGCAUGCUUUUUUUCUGCAGAUAACUAAAUGGAUAGCAAAGGAAUAUAAAGAUACGAACUAACUAGAAGACCCUGAGCAGACAGAGGAAAGGAAAAAGGAAGCGUUUUUAUUUAAAAAAAAUCUGUGUUGCAAAACUGUGUCUUGUUGGAGAAAGUCUUGUUCUCUACUCCGUGCAUGUUUUGCAUUGGAGAAGUGCAUUGGUGCUUUUAAUCGGCCAGACGCGGUCUAGUUUCCAAGCGGAGCUGCAAGACAACACCAGAGACAUGGUUUUGAGACUGGGCUCGGUUGUUGGCGUUGCUGCUUUUUGUUUACAUGCGUUGUUGUUGUGGUUUUAUGCAAAGGUGGUGGAGGGAACCGGUCAGUUCGAGUUGGACAUCUUAUCGAUGAACAACCGGAACGGCGAGCUUCUUAACGGGCAGUGUUGUGACGGUUCACGGAUCACCGGGGAUCGGAAAUGCAGGAUGGAUGAGUGUGAUACGUAUUUUAAAGUGUGUUUGAAGGAAUACCAGUCGCGGGUCUCGGCUGCGGGACCGUGCAGUUUCGGGUCCGGAUCUACGCCUGUCCUGGGAGGAAAUGUGUUUUCUUUGAAGAGCUCUGCGAGGAAUGAACGAUCCAGGAUUGUUUUGCCGUUCAGUUUUGCCUGGCCAAGGUCAUACACGUUGAUAGUGGAAGCCUUGGACGCUAAUAACGACACGAGUGGUGGUGAUGGUCAGGUGAUUGAGAAGGCAUCCCACUCUGGGAUGAUCAACCCCAGCCAUCAGUGGCAGAAGCUCAGCCACAACGGUCCUAUUGGUCAGUUUGACUAUCAGAUCCGGGUCAGCUGUGACGAGCACUACUAUGGCUUCGGAUGCAACAAGUUUUGCCGACCCCGAGACGAGUUCUUCGGGCACUACACCUGCGACUACAACGGGAAUAAGACCUGUCUGGAGGGCUGGUCUGGACUAGAAUGUAACACACCUAUCUGUCGGCAGGGCUGCAGUACAGAACAUGGACACUGCAAAGAGCCAGAUGACUGCAAGUGUCUGUAUGGCUGGCAGGGGCAGUACUGUGACCAGUGUAAUCCUCACCCUGGCUGUAUCUAUGGGACCUGUGUUGAACCAUGGCAGUGUCUGUGUGAUACCAACUGGGGAGGACAUCUCUGUGACAAAGAUCUGAACUUCUGUGGGACCAAACAGCCCUGUCUGAACGGGGGAACCUGCAGCAACACGGGACCUGACAAAUACCAGUGUUCCUGUGUUGAGGGCUACUCUGGAGUCAACUGUGAGAGGGCAGAGCAUGCGUGUCUGUCCAACCCCUGCUCUAAUGGAGGGAGCUGUGUCGAGACCAGUCAGGGUUAUGGGUGUGUAUGUGGAGCGGGUUGGAGCGGACCCUCCUGUAGCAUCAAUGUUGAUGAGUGCUCUCCUAACCCCUGUAACCACGGUGGGACCUGUCAGGAUCUGGUUCAUGGUUAUAAGUGUCACUGUCCUCCUCAGUGGACCGGCAAGACCUGUCGCAUAGAUGCCAACGAAUGCGACAGCAAGCCCUGUGUCAACGCCAACUCCUGCCGCAACCUGAUUGGUGGAUACUUCUGCGAGUGUGACGCUGGUUGGACAGGGCUGAACUGUGACAUCAAUCUCAACGACUGUAAAGACCAGUGCCACCACGGAGGAAUCUGCAUGGACUUGGUGAACGGGUACCGCUGUGUGUGUCCUGCGGGUUACUCUGGAGACCACUGUGAGAGAGAUGUGGAUGAGUGUGCCGGCGCUCCCUGUCUGAACGGCGGGCGAUGCCAAGACCAGGUCAACGGAUUCACCUGCCUCUGUCUGGCCGGGUUCUCUGGACAUUUCUGCCAAUUGGAUAUAGACUACUGCUUCGCCAACCCUUGUCAGAACGGGGCUCUAUGCUUCAACGUGGCUAAAGACUACUACUGUGGCUGUUCAGAAGACUACGAGGGAAAAAACUGCUCUCACCUCAAAGACCACUGUCACACCACCACGUGCAAAGUGAUUGACAGCUGCACGGUUGCCGUGGGAUCCAACAGUACCCCUGGAGGGGAGCGGUACAUCUCCUCCAACGUGUGUGGGCCUCACGGACGCUGUCGGAGCCAGGCUGGAGGACAGUUCAGCUGUGACUGUCAGGAGGGCUUCAGAGGCACAUACUGUCACGAGAAUAUUAAUGAUUGUGAGAGCAGCCCGUGUGGUACUGGAGGAACCUGUAUAGAUAAAGUCAGUGUGUACCAGUGUAUCUGUGGAGACGGCUGGGAGGGGGACCACUGUGAGAUCAAUAUAGAUGACUGCAGCACUAGUCCAUGUCAUAACGGAGGAACAUGUCGAGACCUGGUGACUGAUUUCUUCUGUGAGUGUAUGAACGGCUGGAAGGGGAAGACCUGCCACUCCCGUGAGAGCCAGUGUGACGAGGUUACCUGUAACAACGGAGGGACAUGUCAUGAUGAGGGAGACACCUUCCAGUGCAAGUGUUCCCCUGGAUGGGAGGGGGCUACCUGUAAUAUAGCUAAGAACAGCAGCUGUCUUCCUAACCCCUGUCAGUACGGGGGAACCUGUGUGACCAGCGGGGACUCCUUCACCUGCGUCUGCAAGGAGGGCUGGGAGGGAGACACCUGUAAACAGAAUACCAACGACUGUAAUCCCCACCCAUGUUAUAACAGUGGGACCUGUGUGGAUGGUGAUAACUGGUAUCGAUGUGAGUGCACUCCAGGGUUCGCUGGGCCAGACUGCAGGAUCAAUAUCAACGAAUGCCAGUCCUCGCCGUGUGUGUUUGGUGCUACCUGUGUUGAUGAAAUCAAUGGCUUCCACUGCCUGUGUCCCCAAGACCGAUCAGGACCACGUUGUCAGGACGUGACAGGGAGACCGUGCGCAGGGAACAGUCGUGUCACCCCUGAUUUAGCCAAGUGGGAUGAGGACUGCAACACAUGCCAGUGCUUUAAUGGGAAGGUUGUCUGUACUCGAAUGUGGUGUGGUCUUAGGUCCUGCCGAGUCAGCGGGGGGGUUAAAGGCCACGGUAGCAGAGGAGGUGGGGUCGGGUGUCUGUCUGGUCAGAGCUGUGUACCAAUCAGGGAGGAGCAGUGUUUCAUCCGACCGUGUCUGGGUCAGGGGGAGUGCCACCCCUCCUCUCCACCGCCCAACAAAUGCCACCCCAGCUCCGGUUACCACGACAACAGCUGUGCUAACGUAACACUUACGUUCACCAAAGAGACCAUGCCCAGGGGUCUGAGUAUUGAGGCAGUGUGUAAGCAGCUGAGACAACUGUACGUGGUCAAGAAUGUGUCCUCUGAGUAUUCUGUUUCCAUAACCUGUGACCCUUCAACCUCCGCCAGCAACGAGAUCCAUCUCAGCAUCUACACAGUGGACCAGUGGAUGGACAGAUCACCUAUAAAGGAGAUAACAGAGAGGAUCAUCGAUCUGGUGUCUAAACGCCAUAGCAACAACAGCAUCAUCACCGCCAUUGCCAAGGUCAGAGUGCAGCGGACGCCGAGCACUAGCCACACCGACUACAUGGUCCCCCUCCUCUCUUCAGUCUUCAUCGUCUUGUGGAUCCUGGUGCUGGUCUCCGUCUUCCUGUACUGCAUGCGUCGCCGGCGGAAACAUGGCAACGGAGCCUCGUCGUCCGCGGCGACAGAUGACAACACCACCAACAACGUCCGCGAGCAGCUCAACCAGAUCAAGAAUCCCAUCAACGUGAAACACGCCAGCAGCGGCCAUCUUACAAUGUCGGUGGUCAUCAAAGACUACGAGGAUAAAAACUUGAUCGUCGCCAAGGUACGAACACACCACCGCCCUGAGGGGGAGGAGGACGACGAUAAAGAGAGACAGCUAGGGAAUAAAGGACGCUUUGUGGUUACAGCCAAACAGCCUGCCUACACACUGGUGGAGCGGGAGGAUCAGGGCCUCAAUGGAGGCCUGGGGGCCAACGGGCCCAGCGACGGGGACGUCAGGACCGCGGUGCAGCCCAGCGACGGGGACGUCGGGACCGCGGUGCAGCACCGCUCCAAACACCCUAACUGGAUUAAUAAACAGGACAACAGAGCCCUGGAGACGCCACACAGUAUCAACCAGAUGGACUACAACAGAGCCCUGGAGACGGCACACAGCAUCAACCAGAUGGACUACAACAGAGCCCUGGAGACGGCACACAGCAUCAACAGGAUGGACUACAUCGUAUAGCAGGAAAUUAUAUAGCAGGAGGCAGGAAGUAGCAUGUAAACCCUGUGUAAAGAAUUCCCCCUUCCUGGACGUUAUGGUCAUCCCGGCAAGGUGGUUCUUCUGAUACGCUGUGUUGACACUGUUUUCGUGCAACCAUUGACCUUAGUGAAGAGGACCAGGGGGAGUGUUCUGGGAUUUGUAGUUCCUAAACUGCUGCGUCAUUAUCCUGUGACUACAAGGUUUGUUGUUUGGAUGAAUUAAUCCAUGGCUGCAUCAGAUGUGGUACCCUAUUCCCUGUGUAGUGCACUACUUUUGACCAGGGCCCUAUGGGUUUGAUGCACAAUGUAGGUAUUAGAGUGCCAUUUGGGACAUUUCCCAUGACUGUUAAUUUAAGUUUGGACAAGCUGGCUACACUGGCAGAAAAUGUUGACGUGGUUGGCUGGAGAACCAGGUGCUGUGUUUUCAUAUUUCAACACUUAUUACCUAAUAUUAUUACCUAAUAUUAUGACCUAAUAAUAAGUGCACUACUUUUGACCAGCGCCCAUAGGGCUCCCUCCCAUAGGGCUCCCUCGCGUAGGGCUCCCUCGCGUAGGGCUCCCUCGCGUAGGGCUCCCUCGCGUAGGGCUCCCUCGCGUAGUGCUCCCUCGCGUAGUGCUCCCUCGCGUAGUGCUCCUCCCACAGGGCUCCCUCCCACAGGGCUCCCUCCCACAGGGCUCCCUCCCACAGGGCUCCCUCCCACAGGGCUCCCUCCCACAGGGCUCCCUCCCACAGGGCUCCCUCCCACAGGGCUCCUCCCACAGGGCUCCCUCCCACAGGGCUCCUCCCAUAGGGAGGUUUGGUUUUCUGCAAAGUCACUGUUCAGUUAGUGGAUGUUGUUGGAAGGCCUCCCUUUCCUCUUGUGGUUUUCUGCAAAGUCAUUGCAAAAUAGUCUAAAGAAUGAAACAUUUAAGUUAGCGACAGCACAGUAUAUUUUGUAUUUGUGAGUUUUCCAUCUGUUGGUUUACAACUAGCUCUGUCUUUGUGAAAAUGUAUUUUUAGCUUCCUACUACAUCAACCAAACAAAUCCAUCUUGAUUUACAUGGAUUAUAAUUUGUUUGUGGUGGGCGGGGCGAGGCCAGUAUUACUGGCACUAUGAAGAAUGUCCAUGUCAAUCUAGAACGUGUAGCUAUGUACAUUUAUUAAUCAUUGUGUAUAUUUGAUUUAAUAACUUAAGAAUAAUCAAGAGCCUAAAGAUAUAUAUUUCCCUUUUUAUUUAUACGUUCUGUCUCUAGAUGUUGAAGGUUUCGGUAGCUUUGUAAGUUUCCAUUUCAUUUUGAUUUACAUUUUUAUUUUAUGAAACGUCAGAGGAAGAAGAAAAUAAGUCCUUUUCUAAGAAAAAGUAAUUCCCUGUUUAUUGGUUGUUGUUUUUUUUUUAAAUAAUGAUUUCAGAUGUUUUCAAAUAUCCAUUUUGCCAAGACUUUGCAGGUUAGGGGGGUGAUGUAAUAAAAAACAAGACUGGUUGCUUUGUUAUAAAUUCUAAACGAUGCUGCCAGACAUAUUGUUUGUCAUGAAAACACAAACCGCCUUUAGCAGCAUCUAACUCAUAAUCCCAUAAUCCACAGAUGAUCAAAGCACAAAAAAAAGAGUGUAUCACAUUCUCACAAAACAAUAUCUGACAACUUAGGGGAGAGUUGGGUAAAUCAAGCCUUUUGUUGUUGUUGUUACAUUCAUCAUCACUCCGUCAAGGAAAUAUAGUAUUCUUUCUAACAAAGAUCUACAUAUAUUUCAGGAUGUUGUGUAUCCCUGGAAAUAAUCAGAAUGCAUGUAGAAAUUACAGGCCAUUGAAAAGAUGGCUUGUUAAAAAUAAACAGUGGUCUCUUGGCACAAUUUAUCCUGGGAAGAAAAUAACCCAAGGCAGACAUUUCUACUAUAUUUGUCCAUGCAGCUACAAGGAUGCACUUUUUAUGCUAGGUUCAGGACCUCAUACUGAAGAUGAAAGAGACCCCAGCUGAUAUAUAGAACAAUCUUUAAAUAUACUUUGGUUUAGAUACAAGCAUCGUGAAAUUAAUUUGACUUGGCGGAAAAUAUGUUUAUUGGACCUGAUUUGUUCAUCCACUUCUCCAUGUGGUUUCUUCCUUCACUGAGUCCGUGAAAUUAUACAUAUUUGGUCAACUGAUACGUUUUCUGUAUGGUUUCCUAGAAAGAAGGGUGGCUCAACUUACCCUACUCUCCCCUAUGGCAAAUCACACAACAAUGUCUACUGGAACAGUAGGGGGGGUCAAUAGUCUAGCCUCUAGUCUAGUCCCAGAUCUGUUGGCGCUGUCUUGUCAUGUCCAUUGCUAUGACUGCUUGGGAAGAUGUUGGGAAGACUACACAAACAGAUCUGGGACUCGAGCUAUGGCAGCGUUUCCCAAACGUAGUGCUGUCGACCCCAAGAGGUGCAUGUUUAUGGUUUUUGCUCUUAGCUCUACACAUUUGAUUCAAAACUCAUCUUUGAUUAUUAGAAUCAGCUGUGUAGAACAAAGCCAAAAGAUGCACCUCUUGGGGUCUCCAGGACGGGGGAAACGGGAACACUACAGGAUCACGUAAACACGUAUUUCCUUCUCUCUGCUCAGCGCUGUGGGAGACUGUUGUUUUUGUUUCUGUUUUUACUUGUUAUUUUAAACUAUAGAAAGGCUCUUUGAAAGAAGACAUGUUUUUUUAUUUCUCAGAUGUUAGUACUUUAUGACAUCAUGGAAACAUUAAUUUAGUGGUUCCUCUCUUGUUAUGGAUUUUAGAUUGUAUUUGUGUUGAUGAUGUUGCAAUGUUUUUAAAGGGUUUUGUUAUUUUGAAAAAGGUCAAUAUUUAUGAAAUAUUUUGUAUGAAAAGAGAUAAUAAAACAGUCCCUGUUCUGGA